AUGCGCCAGAAGUUCGACCUUGACCGUGACCACCUCCGCACCUGCCUCCUCUAUGAGUUCCGUCUGGGAGAGAAGGCAGCCGACGCCCAUCGCCGUCUGUGCCAGGCGUUUGGGGAAGGAGCCAUCAGCGAGAAGACGUGCUUCGAUCGGUUCGCUCGCUUCAAGUCCGGAAAUUAUAGUGUCGAAGACAAGCCGAGGUCGGGGCGCCCGUCGGAGUUGGAUGAUGAGGCGCUAUUACAACUCGUGGAAGCCGAUCCCAGCAUGACCACUCGCGACAUGGCCGCCGGCAAUCCUUGCUCCACUCACAAGAUGGGUAGGGAGGACAAGACGGCAUGGAAGGCCAAUUACUUCCUGAAGUUGGUGCAACUCCUGGAUGAGUACCCAAGGUGUUUUGUUGUUGGAGUUGACAACGUAACCUCCAAACAGAUGCAGCAGAUCAGAUCAUCUCUUAGAAGCCAAGCUGUCAUCCUUAUGGGGAAGAAUACCAUGAUGCGAAAGGCAAUUCGUGGUCAUCUUGAGAACAACCCCAUGUUGGAGAAGUUGCUGCCCCACAUCAAGGGAAAUGUGGGGUUUGUCUUCACGAAGGAAGACUUGGUUGAGAUCCGAGAUUUGAUUUUGGACAACAAGGUGAAAGCCCCUGCAAGGGCUGGAGCAAUUGCACCCUGUGAUGUAACUGUGCCUGCCCAGAACACUGGGCUUGGUCCUGAGAAGACAUCAUUUUUCCAGGCUUUUUGGGUAUUGGGAGUGCCCAAAGCUUUAUGGGCACAUCCUUUGUUGUUUACUUUUAAACUGACCAUUUGCUCUUCUGCUCAUUUUCUUAUUCAGAAUAGUGUGAAGUUGAUCAAGGAGGGAGAAAAGGUUGGUGCCAGUGAGGCCACUCUCCUCAACAUGCUGAACAUCUCUCCCUUCACAUAUGGUUUGGUGGUACAGCAAGUCUAUGAUUCUGGAACUGUCUUUUCUCCUGAGAUUUUGGACAUCACGAAUGACGACCUUCGGGCCAAGUUUUUUGAUGGAGUCAGGAACAUAGCAGCAGUGUGCCUCCAAAUUGGAUACCCAACAGUUGCAUCUGUUCCUCAUUCUGUUAUCCAUGGGUUCAAGAACCUGUUGGCUAUUGCUGCCAUGACUGACAUCGUCUUCAAGGAGGCUGAAACUGUGAAGGAGUACUUGAAGAUCUUCAAGGUCAAUUCCUUGAAGAUCUAA